GGGAGAGCGGGCUGCCUGCUGCAGCUGGACCGUCUCCCGACUGGGACCAGACCCGCACCGGCCCCGCACACCGGGACACGCAGCUGCUCGUCUCGCCGCGUGAGGACACCGCUGGUUCGGGAAACAUGAGGGACUACGCGGCCGCCCCGAGCCACGGAGGCGCGUGCAUACCGUGCUGCCAAGUCUGCGUCUUCGCUUUUACCGCAUUUCUCCUCGUUGCAGAGAGGACGGCGAUAAUCUACUGCUUCGUGUACUAUCUGUGGGUGGGUCAUAACUACUGCUACGCCCACCUGGCCGGCUUCACUGCCCUGUUCCUGCUGCCAGGCUGGGGCCCCCAGUGGCUCAGUUAUCUGUGGUACCUGUCGGAUGGACGAAUCCGUCGGAAGUCCCUCACAUGGACGCACAUACUACACCUGGGUAUCUUUAAAAGGCUGUGGGAGUGCAUGCGUCUGCCGGAUAUGGAUGUGUAUGGUGAGAUCAUGCAGCAGGCUGAUGUAUCUGCCCUGCGUCUGUUCGAGGCCUUGGUGGUCACCCUGCCUCAGACGCUGCUCAAGACCUACGUGCUCAUCUGUACUGAUAUAGGCAUCAAAUCCCCAGCCUCGGUGUGUUUUGUGGUGUGUUUGAUAUCUCUGGCCUGGGCCUUGGUCCUCUAUGCCAGAGCCUGCUCCCUCAUCAGACCAGGGCAUUUGCACAUGACCCCUGCUGCCAUUCUCUGUCGACUGCUGUGGAGGGUUGGUAUGUUGGGGUCCAGAUUUGCUGUUCUUGUGCUUUUCACACGUGUCUUCAAACAGUGGAUCCUGGGAGUCAUUGGGGUGCACUGGCUGGGUGCAACUUUCUGGAUGGUCUCUCAGCAAACCGAUAUCAUCCGUUCAACAAGCCGAUGGAGAAUCUUCAACCUUGUUCUGGGAGCGAUUCACGUUUUCCUUUUUCUCAAUGUGAAGUAUGGACAGUCCAGAUACCGCAUGGCUGGGUUUUACACGGCCAUGUUUGUAGAGAAUGCUCUUCUUCUUCUGGCCUCUUCCUGGUUGUUUUCCAUGGUGUCCUGGCACACAGUGGGCAUCCCUGCUGCAGUGUUUUGCAGCUUUCUCAUUGGGCUUAUUGCGUUGGUUCUUUACUAUCGUUUCCUCCAUCCCAAGUCGUUUGAGAUUUUUCAGAGUAUCCAGCAUAGGGGGAUUGGUGGAGCCUGUAUGGAGCGUGGAUCAACUCUUUCACUGGAGGAGAAAGUCACUCCUACGUUCCACCGCCAUGCAACACUAUCAGGUGGUGGGACUCUCAUGGACCUUCCUAUCCAAUGGGAGGGCUGGAAACAUCAUCACUGGCUGCUGAUUCGUUUAGCUCUGAAAACAGGCGACGUAUCUAAAAUCUGGUCGGCGUACGGCGAAGGUGGACUGGCUGGACUGAUGGGCCUCUCUGAAGAAGUGCACUCGCCUGAUGAGCCCUAUGUACAUCGGCAUCCACCUAUUCAACCGCAAUUGCCUCCACAACCAGCCCCGAAACCUGCUCCCCAGCCAGCUCCUACGCCACCUCCCCCUCAGGUCACCCAGGCUCCUCAGGUGCAGGAGGUGGUCCAGCCACCAAAACCAGCACCCAGCACUGUGGUGGCUCGACCAGUUAGAAAAGCUCCGCCCACAACCAUCCAGGAUAUAAGAAGGUUUCCAGAGAUCAUCCCAGUUCAGGAGGUAAUUUUCGAAGAGACUGCAGAGGAAGACUCCAGUGCUCCGCCAUCAGAAGGAAAAGGUGACGACGAGUUUCAGAGUGCUGCGUACGGAUCACCAACACUCUCGUCCCCACAGCGAGCAGGAAGUCUGCAGCACAUCGACAGCAACGCUGGCACCCUGACCGAGCCCUCGUCCUCCGUGGCCUCUCUGGACAUCAAGACACCCGGCUGGUCCCCUGAGCGGCGCUCCCCUCUGCUCAUCAGCUCUCCCGAGAAGAAACCCGCGUUCCCCGGAGAGUCCAACACCACGCUAUAUUUCAGCGCAGAUGCCCAGUCUCCCUCCAGCGGAAGCUAUCUGGGCUGGGGCUCCGAGCUGUCGCCCAUCUCCAGCUAUCGAAGUCCCUACCGGAUCAGGGAGGCCCGUUUCAUCACCUCUACCCCGCGACUCGAGCCUCGAGCCGGGGCUGAAAGUCCGUCUCCUGUUGUUGUCAUUCCUGCCACUCCUGGAACAACGCCAGGUCCGACCCCCAGCGGAACCCCCAGUGCUUCAACUCCCGUCGGUUCAACUCCUGGUGCCUCGACUCCCGCGGCUUCAACUCCAGGGGCUUCAACUCCAGGGGCAACUACGCCCGGUACUCCAAUCGUCCCCCUCACUCCAGUCAUCUCUCACGCUCGCAAACAGAUGGUCCAGUUUGUGGACAGCCGGGAGAGGGCAGUGUAAGGAGGCUGAGGGGAUGAGCAGUUAUGUCUUUUUGAGUUUAGCUCUUCAGGAUACUCAUACAUUCAUGCAUUUACUAACUUGAGGUAAACUUUUAGAGGGAAG